AAAAGAAAUCACAAAUAAAAAUAUAACCUUAAAUGCUCGUUGUUGCGUUUUUUAGUUUUCCUUAUAUUUUAAUUACCAUUCUUUAAACAUGUAUACUUUAUUGCUUAAAAAGGAAAAUGCCCAUGACGAUGCUAUAUGGAGUUGUGCUUGGGGAAAAUUAAGUAAAAAAAAGUGCACAGAAGGUGAUGAGCAAGGUGACCGAUCUAGAGAUUCAAUUACAUCAGAUGAUGGUAGUGUUGAUUAUAUUAUUACAGGAGCAGUAGAUGAUUUGGUAAAAGUUUGGGAACUGCAAGAUGAUCAACUUAAAUUGAAAUAUCAACUCGAGGGCCAUUCACUAGGUGUAGUUUCUGUUGCAAUGAGUAAUAAGGGGAAUUUGUGUGCUUCGAGUUCACUAGACUCAAGUAUGAGAAUUUGGGACUUAGAAAAAGGUGAAAAGCUUUCUACAAUAGAUUGUGGCCCUGUCGAUUUAUGGACAGUUGCUUUUAGUCCAGAUGAUAAAUAUGUUAUUUCUGGUUCGCAUGCUGGAAAAAUAACACUAUAUAAUGUUGAAACAGCUAAGUCUGAACAAACAUUGGACACAAGAGGAAAAUUUACACUGAGCAUAGCAUAUAGUCCUGAUGGUAAAUAUAUAGCAAGUGGGGCCAUUGAUGGUAUAAUAAACAUAUUUGAUGUGCAUUCUAACAAGUUAUCACACACACUGGAGGGGCAUGCAAUGCCUAUCAGAUCUCUAUGUUUUUCCCCUGACUCACAGUUUUUAUUAACAGCUUCUGAUGAUGGGCACAUGAAAUUAUAUGAUGUUAAUCAUGCAAACGUAGUUGGAACGCUAUCUGGUCAUGCUUCAUGGGUUUUAAGCGUGGCAUUUUCUCCAGAUGGAGCACACUUUGUUUCUGGCAGUUCAGAUAAAACAGUUAAAGUGUGGGAAGUCGCGGCCAAACAGUGUAUUCAUACUUUCUUAGAACAUAACGACCAGGUAAUUAAUAUGAUAUUUAAUAUUUAUUUCUGCCAUCCAUACAUGAAUUAUAGUACAUAUAAAUGAUAUUGCAAUAUGGGUGGUGAGUUCCAGUAGGUAUAGUACUACCUGUACAGGGCUGACAUUGGUGAUU